AUGUCGUCCGCGAUGUGCGCCGCCGCGACGCCGGCGCUGACGUCCGCGCCCGCGCGUCUUUCCAACGGAACCGUCAAGACGCGAAGGAGCGGCGCGACCAGACAUCAUCAUCACCAUCAUCAGUCCGUCGCGCCGCCCUCAAGGUGCCGCGGCGGCGCGUCCUCCGCGCGCGCCUCCGCGACCGCGACCACCGCGACCGCGUCCGAGACCGCCGCGAUCGAGGCGGCGACGAACGCCCUCCGCCCCUCCUCCGCGGACUGCGCCAAGACGCUCGUGCACCUCGCCAACACGGGCACCAUCUCCACCACGUGCGACGACGGCGUCGCGCUCGGCACGUUCGCCUCCUACGUCGUCGACGAGGACGGCGGCGUCGUUCUCCGCAUGCGCGCGGACGCGAUGCACACGAAGAACAUCGCGUCCGAUCCGCGGUGCUCGCUGUACGUGCAGCCGGCGACGCAGCCGCCCGGGGUGCUGAGCCGCGCGACGCUCAUCGGGAAGCUCGAGAAGCUCGACGCGGAGGACGCGGAGAAGGCGGCGAUUCGGUACGACCGCGUCCACGGCGAGAACGUCGGCGUGGACGCGAUGCAGAGGAACGACGACUACUACGCGUUCGUCGUCGACCGCGUCUUCUACGUCGGCGGCCUCGGGAGCGACAAGCGCGCGGAGGUGGUGGACGCCGCCGCGUUCGCGGACGCCGUCGCGGAUCCGCUCAGGCGCGUUCACGUUUACACUGGUCCCCGUACGACCGCGUCGGCGUGGUGA